AACCCUCAAUCGCUAGAACCAUCUUAAUCUUAUUCUUAAAACCCUCGAAAACAAUAAUUAAAUUCAAUUAAUGCAACACAACAAUUAAUUCAUUGAUUCAAGAUGUCGCCAGCCAUUUCACUCUCUGCAAACGCUUGUCUCCCAAAACUAACAACAAAUUACGAUCAUCCUCACCCUAAAGAACCACCCACCCCCAAAUUAACCAGAAGAAAACUAGCCACUUCCACAGCCCUCACCCUUUCUGCAACCCUACCGGCGCCGGCGCCGGCGGCGGAGUUGCCGGAGGCCCCGGAAGAGGCCACGUCGAGCAGGAUGUCGUACUCCAGAUUUCUCCAGUAUUUGGACCAGAAUGCUGUCAGAAAAGUCGAUAUUUUCCAGAACGGCACCGUCGCCAUUGCCGAGAUAUACAAUCCUGCUCUCGAAAAAAUCCAGCGCGUCAAGAUUCAGCUCCCCGGACUUCCACCGGAGCUCCUCGCCAAGCUCAAGGAGAAGAACGUCGAUUUCGCUGCGCACCCGGUGGAAGUCAGUCCGGUCAAUGCCGUUCUUGAUUUGAUCGGAAACUUAGCCUUCCCGUUGAUGUUCCUCGGCUUUCUCCUCCUCCGCCGCUCCCGCCUCGAUAUUUCCGGCGGACCAAAUUUGCCGUUUGGAUUGGGAAGGAACAAAGCUAAGUUUCAGAUGGAACCGAACACCGGAAUGACCUUCGACGACGUCGCCGGAAUCGACGAGGCGGAGCAGGAUUUUCAGGAGAUCGUGGAGUUUCUGAGGACGCCGGAGAAGUUCGCCGCCGUGGGGGCGAGAAUACCGAAGGGGGUGCUGCUGGUGGGGCCGCCGGGGACGGGGAAGACGCUCCUGGCGAAGGCGAUCGCCGGCGAAGCCGGCGUGCCGUUCUUCUCGCUGUCGGGGUCGGAGUUCAUCGAGAUGUUCGUCGGGGUGGGGGCGUCGCGGGUCCGGGACCUCUUCAAGAAGGCGAAGGAGAACUCGCCGUGCCUGGUGUUCAUCGACGAGGUGGACGCCGUGGGGCGGCAGAGGGGGACGGGGAUCGGCGGCGGGAACGACGAGAGGGAGCAGACGCUGAACCAGUUGCUGACGGAGAUGGACGGCUUCGCCGGGAACAGCGGCGUCAUUGUAAUUGCUGCCACUAACCGGCCGGAGAUUCUCGACGCUGCUUUGCUCCGGCCGGGAAGGUUUGACCGUCAGGUGGGAAUAGGGCUACCAGAUAUACGAGGAAGGGAGGAAAUACUGCAAGUUCAUUGUAGGAACAAGAAGCUCGACAAGGAAGUUGAUCUCGGCGUUAUUGCCAUGAGAACUUCCGGAUUCAGCGGCGCCGACCUCGCCAACCUCAUGAACGAAGCCGCCAUUCUUGCCGGCCGGCGAGGCAAGGACACCAUCACUCUUGCCGAGGUUGAUGAUUCCAUCGAUCGCAUCGUCGCCGGAAUGGAAGGAACCAAGAUGACCGAUGGAAAAAGCAAGAUUUUGGUGGCUUAUCAUGAGAUCGGGCAUGCCCUAUGCGCGACAUUAACGUCGGGACACGAUCCCGUGCAAAAAGUCACGCUGAUCCCUCGAGGACAAGCCCGUGGCCUAACAUGGUUCAUGCCGGGGGACGACCUGACUCUGAUAUCAAAGAAGCAGUUGUUUGCAAGAAUUGUGGGCGGACUUGGUGGCCGGGCGGCGGAGGAAGUCAUCUUCGGGGAAGCAGAAAUCACGACGGGCGCAGCCGGAGACUUACAACAAGUGACUCAAAUAGCCAGACAGAUGGUUAUAACUUACGGGAUGUCUGAGAUCGGGCCAUGGGCGUUGAUCGAUCAAUCCGUGCAGAGCGGCGACGUGGUAAUGAGAAUGAUGGCGAGAAAUCAAAUGUCGGAGAAACUUGCGGAAGACAUCGACGAGUCGGUGAAGCGGAUAAUCAAGGAGGCGUACGAGGUUGCGAAGAGGCAUGUAAGGAGCAACAGGGAAGCCAUUGAUAAGCUUGUCGACAUUUUGAUGGAGAAGGAGACAAUCUCUGGGGAUGAGUUUAGGGCAGUUCUGUCCGAGUUUACGACAAUCCCUUGGGACAAUGUCUAUAGGAAGCCUAUCAGAGAGCUGAUUGAAGCAGCUUAGAGUAAUUUGAUAAUAGACUACUAAUUCGGUCAAGUCAGCGUAGUAAUUGAUUUGAUCGUUUUUUUUUUAAAACAUCAAAUUAACAGUUUCGAUUUAGAUAUGCACACAUGGUUUAGAGAACAUUAAGGAAGAUAGAAGUAAAAUGACUAAUUACAUCAAAUUAUUGCAAA